AUGUCUGACGUAGAUCUUCUUCAUCUUCCAGUUGAACUACUUCAUCGCAUAUUCGACUAUCUUGAAGCCCAAGCAAUUUGGUCAGUUCGACGAGUAUGCAAACAACUCUAUUCGACUACAAGCACUUAUGAUAGAUUUCAUCUCAAUAUAAACUCGCAGUCAAAGCGUCUAUUGAAAUUGUUCGCUCGAUGGAUUUUACCAGAAUGUAUUGUUUCAUUAACAUUUGACAUCCCUGAGUCUAGAAAUUAUUUCUUUUGGUGUCUACGAACAGAAUCCGAAGAUGAUAUGAUUCGUUUAUUCAUAUCACUUUUCGCUGGUCAUCAAUUUACUCGACUUCGUUCAUUAGUCAUCAAUAGAGCAUACGAUAGGGAUAUAGAUUUUCUUUCGCAUCAUUUGAAUACCAAUUAUCUUGAAUCACUCUCCGUCCAUAUGUAUGGAGAUAGAGUGAGUAUUACAAUAGUUUUUAUUAAUGCGAUUCUUAGUCAAAAUUGUAUUCGAAAGUUGUAUUUCAAUAAUUCAGUACACAUAAUAAAUGAGAUGCCAUGGCCGGAUCAUUGCAAAUUAGAACAGUUAAUACUUAAUACGUGUGGGUAUAACCGAUAUCUAAUGGUUCUUAACGACCUGCUUAAUUUAAAAAUAUUUGUGAUAGAUGAAUGGCAUAGCUACAAUUUUGGUUUUUCGACUGAUUUGCUUGCUUGCAAGCAUCCAUCGUUAUUAACAUCUUUAACAAUUAGAAAUUGUACUCUACCUAUGGAACAUAUCGAAACGUUACUUUCACGAACACCAGCACUUGUUCAUCUCAAAUUAAUAUCACGUAAACGCGCAUUCGACUCUAUUUUCGACGGUUACAAUUGGGAACAAUUAAUUCUCAAUAUGUUACCUCAACUCAAUCAAUUUGAAUAUUUCUUUUCUUUCAUUAAUAAAAAAAAUGAUUAUAUGAAGAUUCUUAAUCGCGUUAUUGCUUCAUUUCAAACUCCAUUCUGCCCAAGUAAGCAAAAAAUGAAGGGAGACUGCCGACAUGACUAA